CAGACUGUUUAUUUUCCAGGUUGCAGCUGAAAUGUGCACGGACUAGUUUUUGUUCUGCUUAUCGUUUUUGCAUGCUCUUUUCAGAUUUUGUCUGAAAGGAGUAGUAGUUAUACAUUUGUAGUAAUAUUAAUCUGUCGAAUUUUUCACAUUUGUUUACACUGCUGUAUUUCAUAAUAUAUAUUUUGUAUAGCUGACGUUAUCUAGCGCGAGCAAGCACGUUAUCUGGGGACCAGACGUUUGGGAUUGCUAUCAAACGGCAAAAAAAUAUUUUAAGAGCGCCAUGGCGACCGAAGUAGAGACAUGGACCACUGUUCAAAAGCACGACGGGGUGUUCUCCUUCGACAACAACGCAGAGCUGGACGAGGACGAGGCAGCGCUCGAGGCCGAGGUGAAUGGCAACUGGACGCCACAGGAGAAGGCCCUCCACGAGGCACGGCUCAAGGCCAAAGCCAAGCGGCGGCUGCGCAAGUCUUCAUCCCGCAGCGAGUCGCUGUCGGAGUCGCUGUCCGGUGAGCUGGCGGGCGGAGAUCCGCACAGCCCAAAGGGCAAGGUGCCCGUUCCCAACGACCGCAAGUCUAGGGCGGGCAAGGGCCGGGGCCUGCCCAAGAAAGGCGGUGCGGGAGGUAAAGGCGUGUGGGGAGCGGCAGGGAUGGUCUACGAAGUCGAGGAGCUAGACGUCAAGGACCCCAACUACGACGCCAUUGAACAGGGUGACACUGUGUACGCCACAGUUGUUCCGGAGCUGGAUGAGAAGGAACUGGAGAAGACUGUCAACCCAAUCGUACAGGAAUACUUUGAGCACGGGGACACAAAAGAAGUCCAGAUGCUGCUGAAAGAUCUGAACCUGGGCCAUCACAAGUACGAGUUCUCCAGCUUGGCCGUCUCCUUGUCUCUGGAGGGCAAGGCCAGCCAUCGGGAGCUCACCUCCAGGCUACUCAGCGACCUGGUGGGCAAGGAGCUCUCCGAGUCUGACAUGGCCCGCGCCUUUGACAAGAUUCUCAAAGAGCUGCCGGACCUCAUUCUGGACACACCAGAGGCACCACAGAUGCUGGGACAGUUCAUUGCCCGGGCCAUAGCGGAUCAUGCUUUACCCAUGUCAUUCCUGGACCGCUACAAAGGCAAAGUUGACUGCGACUACGCCAGGGCUGCGUUGGACCGUGCGGCGGUGCUCCUCUCCAUGAAGCGGGAGAUGGUGCGUCUGGACAACGUGUGGGGUGUGGGCGGGGGCCUGAGACCUGUCAAACACCUCGUCAAAGAGAUGAACUUGCUGCUGAAGGAGUACCUGGUGUCGGGUGAGGUUAAAGAGGCGGAGCGUUGCCUGCGGGACCUUGAAGUGCCUCAUUUCCACCACGAGCUUGUCUAUGAGGCCGUUGUCAUGGUGCUGGAGUCCAAUGGGGACACAGCCAUUAAGAUGAUGUGUCAGCUCCUCAAGUCCUUCUGGAAGACUGGCCUCAUCACAGUGGACCAGAUGAACAGGGGGUUCCAGCGAGUGUACGACGAGCUGCCGGAAAUAUACCUGGACGUGCCCCAUGCCCACACCAUCAUGGAGUCCUUUGUGGAUCUCUGCUACCAAGAGUCAGUCAUCACCAAACUGCUAAGGGACACCUGCCCCUCCAGGGGACGUAAGCGCUUUGUGAGCGAGGGAGAUGGUGGUCUGAUCAAGAACUAGUGUGGAGGAGGAGGUGCUAUACGUUCUCCUCGUCCGCCCCGACCCCUGAUCUGCUGGCUUGAGGCUGGACAGGCUGGCGGUUGGACUCCCCUGCUCCACCUCCAGACCUCUGUCAUCAAAACCGCCCACACACACACACACACGCACACAACUAUGCACACCUUGGACGUUGAGAUCAGGUGGAGGACGAGCAAGGAGACCGGCCGAUUUUUUUUUUCUUCUUUCUGGUCAUUUUUGUAGGAAAGGUGUUUGGUGGUCACACUUCAGUCUGUUCUGUUAGUCUGAAUAGAUUCUGUGAGUCGAGGCCCAGAAGAAAGGAGGUAAAGGAGGGGGGGGCACUUAAGAUGGCAUCACGGGGUUAAGGAUCAACCGGAAGUGGAAAGGGGAUUACGUGUUGUCUAGUGCUGGGCACCGGGUGAUUUGGUUUAAUGUUCCUUUGCUACACCAGUGACAGUCUUUCUUGUCAUUUUCUAUUCGCUUUGCAUGUACAGUCUAAUACUCAUGGAAUAAAUCCAUUAAAAAAAAAAGGAAAAAAAAGAAAUUCUAAAGCACUCAUAAAAAAUAAAAAAACUUGGCAGCCGUGUACUGUAAUGAAGUAAGUGCUCAUUAUGACCUGAAUUGCUGUUUGGAAUGACAGUGACCUCUGCAUUUCUUGUUUUGGCCAAAGCUUUUGAUGUAAUUCGAAGACAACAUUUUUAUGGUUCUUCUGGAAUUAUUUGUGUUUUGUUUCAUUUUGCCCUGUCUUUUGGAUUAUUUCUCAGUCCACUCCACAUCAGUACAUUUAGAUUUUAGGCGAGUUUGAUCAAUGUAAUAAGCACAGCAGCAGCCAGUCACAAAAAGGUUUGUCAGGAAAAGUCCACAUCGGGAACUUCCUCAUCUUAGUGGAAGGUAUGUCCCUUUUUAGUACAAACACUCAGGAUCUCUAAAGCCUCUCUCUUGCUGGUCUGUUGACAGUGAUAGAAACUGGACUCUUGACAGGCACAGAAAACCCUUCAGUGUGUUGAUGUAAUCGUAUGGUGACAUUCUUAUUCACAAACUCCCACCAUUACACCUCAUCCAGUUGAACCAUUGGUGCCUGUAUCCAAGGCAGCCCUGGGUUGAUGGUUAUAGGGUUUUCAGUCCGAUAACUAAAGCCAUGCUUGAUUGAGCUUGCCUGGCUCUGCGGAACCCAUCAAAUGUCUCCCGGCCUUUCAGGCGCUCCAGGCAGGCUACAUCAAACGCUCAAAAUAUUUGAAAGAGAAUUCAUUUGAACUCUGGUCUGGUCCCAGGAGUGUGUGAGAGAAACUGAAGUCUUAUCGCUGAUGUAGCAGUGCUCGUAUGAGAAUGCAAUGGAUGUUUCAUGUCUCUGUUGACCAAUAUGUAAAAACGGCUCCAAAUCAUAAUGUGAUGGUUCAGGAUGGGGAAAAUGUACAUAUUUUCAGUGAUAAAAAAAAAAGGCUACUUAAUUGGUGAGGUUUUGAGUGUGUCACCUGUUUUAACUAUAUCCUAAUGGUUUGGCAAUGGCUUGAACCAUUAUGAAGGUGUGAGGGGCUUUUGACUUAGGGCAGUGUACAUCAGCUUUUCAUCAGUGAUGGGGAAAACAUUUUCUUCAACAUUAAUAUUUCAAAAUAUUUUGCUCAUUCGAUUCUUCUGUUAAUUUGUCCUUUUCAAGUGAAUAUAUAUAUAUAUUUUUAUGGACUAGAAUGCAAGGCUGUAAUGUAAAAGCAAACAAGGUGUUCUUCCCUGCAGCAUGGAAUCUGAGAAAAAGGUCCUGAUCCAUGGAAGAAUAAUGGACACUGGUGAAAUAUUUUCGACUUCGUUGAGUUUUGGUGUAACAACAUGCCAAUUGUCAGUCCAAAUAACAGAUACUUGGUAGGUGUUAUCUCAGUCCUAUACAGUUAAAUUACAUUUGUUUUCAGCUCUUACAAAAUAUAUUCUAUAUAUACCUAUACAAUUGAAACAUUUUCUUUUCUACAUUUAAGCCCCAAAGAGCCAUUUUUGUAUUGAUGUUGAUGAUUGGUAUCUUUCUGACAUUAUUUUUUGAUCAGCAAACCGUUUCCAACUGCCUGACUCAUGCAGAUCAUGUCAAUAAAAUUCCAUACUGCUCUUCAGUGUAA